UCAUCAGCCUAGCUAUAUUGGUUGUGCAUGAACCAAACCUCCUUAACAGAAAAGAGAAUGAACGUGGGUGUCCUUGAUCUUCUCAUCCUCUUACUAUCCGUGGAUAGUGUUAUACCUGAACAUGUGUGCCCCCUCCCCCUAGCAAACACCAACUUAAGCACCAUAUACCACAUCAAGUACAAUGUGGUCUGACUUAUUUUGUUGAUUGCAGGGGUAGUAAUUACUUGAUAAUAUGAUUGUUUGAGCUGAAAUCUGAAUUAAUCGUCUUCACAUCUAUUGGGAUGACUGUCAUAAGGUCGAGUAGGACCACAAAAUAUUGUCUUUUGCAAAAAUUAUUUAAACUUUUGGUCAUUUUAAUGUUGCAGCAGAUAUGUCACGGACAAGAAUUAACGUUGUUGAAUCUAAUGAAGAAUAUAUGAUGGAAGAACAGAUCGAACAUCAUAAUUCUGCUGCAAAAGAUGUCGAAUCAUCCGAUGUCCAUGAAAGAACUACUAAUGAUGAAGAAGGCUUCACAGAUUGUGAUGACGCUAGAGUGGAUGAAAACGAAGAUGCUGAAAAUGCAGAAACAAAAGAGCGUAAGAAGAGGAAGCUGAAAUACAUUUGGAACCUUCCAAAAGGGAAAAGGAUAAUGGUUCGCUGCAAUGAGAUAGAUCAGCCAAUUGGAAAAGAGGCUAAACAUCUUGGGGAUUUUCUUGGCUCAGUUGCAAGGAAUGGAUCAUUGUGUUGCUUGAGCUACAAGGACUGGAGAAUGCUAAAAACUAAAACAAAUGUAAAGGCUAUACUAGAUCAAGUGAAGAUGAGGUUCCUUUACCCUCCUCGCAUGGAAAAAUAUAUAUUGAAGGUAAUUGGAGAUAGAUGGAGGCAACAUAAGUCCGAUCUGAAAGCAAUGUAUUUUGAAGAGAAAAAAGCACCGAAGCCAAUUACAAUAAUAAACCAAAAUCCGUGACUCCGGAUCAGUGGAGAUCUCUAGUUAAUCAUUGGACAACCCAGAAAGCGAAGGGGAUUAGUGCUACAAAUAGAAAUAAUUGUUCAAUGAGGAAGUCUACACAUACUAGUGGGACAAAAAGUUUCCCUCGUAAGAGGGAAGAAAUGAAAGAUGCAGAUCCUGAAAAGAAGUACCCUCAUAGGGCUCACUUGUUCAUGCACACGCACAAGCCAAAAACUUGCAAGAACAAAAUCAUUAAUGCUCAUGUGGAAGAGUUGAAAGAUAUUAUGGACAAGAACCCUGAAUUAGCAGAUAACAGCGGUGGAAAGACUGCAUGGAAAGGAGAUGCGUUGAACAAAGUAUUAGGGGAUGACAAGCCUGGCCAUGUACAUGGUUUGGGACUAGUUCCAAACCCAAAAAAACUUUUUGAUGUUUCCACUUCACGUGUAUUCCAGAAUACACAUUUUACUUCGGUGGAGGAUACACCAAAUGAAGAUAUGCUAGCUUUUAGAGUUGAAAUGGAAAAACUAUAUCAAGUAAAUAAAAAUCAGGAUGCUAAAAUUAUGGAACUAGAGGAGAAGCUGAGAAGAAUGGAAAGACAACCAAAUCAGGAAAUUUCAGAUCCCAUGGCUACAAUUGGGCUUGAACCUUCGGUUGAUGGACACAACUCAAACAGAAAAAGAGUGCUUGCUCCUCCGGUUGAUGGACUCCAACUUGUUAAAAAACGAUCAAAUAAUUUACAGAACAAGCCAAGUGGAUCAAACAAUGCAGAUUUGCAACCAUCAAACAAGAAUUCUGUUUCAGAUAAGAAUGUUGUCCAGAACCAAGAAACUCCUCAUAAUUUCAGUGCUCAGCAAGGGGAAAUAAAUUCUGCUACACAUAAGAAUGUUGUUCAGAACAAAGAAACUUCUCUUGAGAAUGUUAGUGCACACCAAAAAAAAACAAAAGGUGCCAAUGCAAGCAGUAAGAGUGCUCAAAGUGGUUCGCUGAGCUGGUUGGGUGCCAGUGAAUUACCUGCAGGAACUAAAGUAUUCUUGAAGAGCCUGAAAAACCAUAACAAGGAUGUAGCUCUUGCUACAAUUGUAAGUUGUGAUCCAAACUUUAAACUUGAUGGUGAUGAAAUUAGGAAUGAAUUCUGGGCGGUGCAUGUUGAUAUGGCACUUGUGAAAACUGAAAAUUUGGUACGGAGUCGCAAAAACUGCACUACUCUCGGCAAUGCAGAAAAAACAAAGAUUGCAUGGCCCUCAACCUUUAUUCAAAAGAUAAAUGGAUGAGUAUAUGGGUGGGUGGCAAGUGUACUGCAAUGAUGAUGUUGAUAUUCUGCUUCAUGAUGGCGACGAUGAUGGAUGCUUUCAGUUUUAGUUAUGUUCUCGGGAUGAUGUUCCUGUUGGAUGUUGUUCCUCGAUUAAGUUUUAGUUAAGUUGUUGGGAAGUUGAAUGCUUUAGUUUAAGUUUCACUGUCAAGAAAGUAGUUAGAUUAUGCAUCACGUUUGGAUGAUGUUUCUCUUGUAAUAUCCACUAUUGUAAUCCAACAAUUUUAUCUCAUAUAUGAUAUAUGA